CGGCGAAGAGUGUUCUUCGUACAGACAUAGGGAAGGUGGAUGUCGACACAGACGCGGAGACAGAUUCGUGAGAGAGAGAGAGAGAGAGAGAGAGAGAGAGAGAGAGAGAGAGAGAGAGAGAGAGAGAGAGAGAGAGAGAGAGAGAGAGAGAGAGAUGCUUAAUCGACCCAUGAGUGCAUGGAGAGAUUAAUCAAGUAGGUUUUCCUAGACUUUCAGACUCAGAGGCAGGGCGGCGAAGAGUGUUCUUUGUAUACUCGAUUUAGUCAGCUGAAAUGGCUUACGUGUUGUCGCUGAAGAAGCGUCAUAGUAUGAAGCUAGGCCGUAUGUGGUACAUAGUAGAGAGUGGGUUAUCGUACGCGGCUGUCGCAUUGAUUGGCUUGGAGUUGGGCGCUUUGGGCUCGAGUCUGCCCCCAGAACUUGUACGUUCUGCCCUCGUUCUGGUUGUGGUUGUAGCUGCGUCCAGUAUUGUGGCUAACCUUCAGUCCAAAUGUUGGGCUGGUACGUCUUGCGCUCGGAUUCUAUCUCGGGGAUUUCCGGAAUAUCACCCUUCUCUCUCUUUUGACGAGCGCAUCUUAGAAGGUCGAGUGAUUGUGCGCCGUGGGGUAUUUCGCUUCUGCAUGCUUCUGCGAGUUCUAGCGUUCAUCCUUGAAUGGGUUUUCGUCGUUCCGUUCGUUAACGCUAAGAAAGGCCUUUUUGCCGUCGAAGUAAAAGAAACGGAGUGGAAGGACACAAAUGUGAAAGCGUGUCAUUCCAUGGUUGUCGGUGUUGUGACUCUCCAUAUAUCGAUGUUAGUUGUUGAUGUAGCUGGUCCUUACUAUCGGAUUUUGUGCCCAGGAAAACUGCAAAAUGUCUGGAAAAUUGAUUAUUCUUCUCCGGGACAUCCUCAAGUUCUGGAAGUUCAGCGGCGUGAAGGUCCAUUUUGGGAGCGGCUAUGGAGGAAUCAGCGCAAAAUGGAGCUCGAAUUCAUCUACCAGCGCCACCUCACUGAUCACGGUUACUUCACCGCCGAGGACGCCAAGCAUAAUCCGGACAGGUGCGGAUUGCCGGCGUACUGGUUUCAGGACUUGCAAAAACUGGAGCACAUUGUUUUGCUGAACUUGCCUAGCCUGGCGGUAGACAGCUUGGAAUCUAGUUCCGCGAACCCCGGCAGGGGGAAUCGAGGGAAGCUGACUAUGGCAUUGGAGGCGCUUUCUGAGCUAUCAGGGUUAAAGAAUACGGACGUCGGGGACGAGAUGGCUGCUGUCGUUCAGGAUAUACCCCAGGCAAGCCGGUUCUCCGUACAUGUCGACGUUGGUCGGGACUUCGGCAACAUGGGGUACAGUCUUGUGCUGAAGGUUCUCCGGUCCACAACGAGCUCCGUGGGUGUGGAAGAGGCUCGACUCGCCGCAUCCAUCCCCGCUCGACUGGCUUUGGGCCUUGCUGUGAUCCCUUGGCAGCCAUGGCGAAACGAUAGGGAUGGAGAUUAUACUUGGGGCUUCCUUCCUGAUAGGCUUAACCACUUAGGCGAGCUGGUCGAGGAACUGGUCCGCAUAGUCGAUCAGUGCGCACGCAAGCGCCGCACUAGCCGCAACACAGAGGCUGUCGAGGAUGAGAGAGAGCUGGAGGAGCUUUCUGCCGAGGAGGAAGAUGAAGACGACGAGGGGAAGGGAAAGCUGCGUCUCCAAGAGAGCGCGCUUUCCGCAGUAUGUUCCCUCGCACAUGCUGCCAGCGAGCUGCAUGCGCACAGAGGCUGGUUGGCGAUGGAGCCCGAUGUACCGAGCAGCAGAUUUUGCAAUGCAUUCUCCACACUUGGGCCGGGGGAUUGGCCGCUGGAGACGCCCAUACCCAAAUUCGGCGGACGGACAUACGAAGCGAUCAUCGGGUGGAUAUUGGCCGAGUUGAUGUGCCCCAAAACGGAGAGGGUUCUACUGGACUUUCUAAGAGUGGGGAAGAGAAAGUCACCAUCGCCGAAUCUCGUGGCGGACUCCAUCAGGAUCUUUGCCUACCUGUUGUGCCCGAGGAUGGUCUACUGGCAUCGGUUCGACAAGAGACUGAUGGACUUUCCGGACCCGCUGUGCUCCAUAGAAAGCCUCCCACACCCGUCCAAGGUAGAGGCUGCUGUGAAGGGGUUGAUUCGUCGCUGCUGUGGAAAGAAAGCGAAAGCAGAUCUCUCCGCUUUCUCCAAGCUGCACUUAGCCAAGAUCCUCAUCUGUCAGAACAUCAGAGACAUGGAUAACAAAGUGGCAAAGCUUCUGCUGCAAUGUCUGGCGUACUGCAGUAAGGUGCGUGGCAAGAGAGAGAUUAACUGGUUCACCCGCGAGGUAUUGGACACGCUCCGCGACCUCAUCGCUACUUCUUCGCCCUCGCCUAGGCGAGCCAUCUGUAAGGCCAUCGCCAAACCAUGUGCAGAUGGUGAUUGGCAAUUUAUCCAGGACAUCCAAGGCUGCAAAUUUGCAAACCAUCGUUCGUCGAGCGGGGUAUCGAACUGCGGUCAAGUGCCAGCAGAUCUUCCUGCUCGCAUCCCCCAGGAUGGGGACAGGCGUUCCUCGACCAAAGCAGGGACUUGGUUUGCUUUCGAGCACUGCGACCCAUCUGCGGCUGGACUCGCUGCCGAUGCACUCGCGGGAUUUUGCGACUCCGGGUGCAACACACCCUUGCCCGACCACGCGCUGGAAUUCUUCUCCGUUCUACUUCGCCGUUUCCGUGUCGAGAGAGUGAGGUCAGAAGACUCUCAGCUGAAGAGAUACUGGGUUAUCUUUUUUCUCAGAAUAAUCGACCCAAUUUGCAAUCCUGCAUGGAGACCUGCCUGUACACUGAAAGAGAGCCUUUACGACCACAGUUGCGCGGUCAACACGGACGGGCUGGAGGCUCUAGAGGACACUGUCAAUACUCUUCUCGCACUUCGAAACGUUACUCGCCUCCUUCAGGUGUCUGUUUGUGACUGCUAUCCUGCAGAGAAGAUCUUAAGCCAGGAGAGUGCUUUGCUCAGCAUCCUUGGACGCCUCCUCCGGAUUCUUCGAUACCGCCCGGGCAUUUUUAAGCUGCCAACUCAGCUGAGAUUAGACGCACUGUCGGACCAGUGGGUGGGCGACAUCAGGUCGAACAGCGCCGCUGUGAUUGAAAAACUUCUUCGCCUAAUUGUCCCGAAUCAUGAGGCUAGGAUGAGGCCAUUCCUGCAAAGUUAUUGGGCCCGCCUCCGAGAGUGGAAACAUAAGAGCGAGGAAGAUGGUGGUCCGGGCUCGACUCCAGCCUUCGAGGGUUUACUCGAAGUUAUCGACGAUUACUCAGCCCUUCUCCACAGCCCGGCACAAGAGGAUCUUGCAGAUGCCAGAGACCGCUCAGACGAGUUUGAUGUCAGCCCUGACCAAGCGAAUUCUGAAGCAGCUCCCAAGAUAGUAAGGCUCACCAUGCGGCAGCCUAAUCAAAGCCGCACGGUUUACUGCGAGAGGAGGUUCGGAUAGCCACCGCGGUGGUGAGAGUGCAGGUGGUGGGGAGGGAAGGGAAAGGGGAUGUCGGGUAGCGGGGCAGGGGAGGAUAGCCUUCGAGGGUUUGUCGAUGUUUUGGCGAAUCUUUUGCAACCUUGUUGCCAUUUAUCUCGCAUUUGUCACUUUCUUACCACCGAUCUCACAUUUGGCACCAGCACACAAGAAGAAGCCGCGACAUGGGAAGGAGAGGGGAGCAAGGCAGAAAACGACAUGAGAAGGAGACGCUAUCUCAGGAUCCAAG